UUUUAUUUGUUUCGGUUUCAAUUUCGAUUGAAUCGGUGAAAAAGAAACUGUUGUUAAAAAUUCUUAUUUUGUGGAAAAAAAAAAUGCUAAAACCCGUUUUUUAUUAGCGUCUGAUCUGUGAAAUGAUCAACUUUAUAAGUUUUUAAAGUUAGUGUUGAAAAUCACUUCCGUUUUUCUUUUUGGAGUGUCAAAAGCUGUAAUACGCAAAAUAAUCGUAGAGAAUCAAAAUGGAAAAUCUUGCCGAUGAUCCCAGCUUCAUCGAUGCGAUCGUACAUGAGGUAAAAUCUCAAGGACUCUUCGAUCAAUUCCGAAAGGAGUGUCUAGCAGACGUCGAUACCAAGCCGGCAUACCAGAACCUCCGGCAGCGGGUGGAAAGUUCGGUGAGCAAAUUCCUCUCGCAGCAGAAAUGGAUCGACAAUAUUCGUCAUAAGAAUCAACUACGGGAGAAGCUCAGAAGAAACAUUAUAGAAUCCGGGUUUCUGGAAACCGGUGUGGAGCGCAUCGUAGAUCAAGUUGUAAAUCCGAAGAUAUCGACAGUGUUUCAUCCGAAAGUUGAAGAGAUAGUGUACAACUACUUAGGUAUUGAAAAACCCAAACCAAUUGUCAAUGGUAGUGGUGGAUUAGACGUACAAACAGACUUUUUACCAGAAGAUUUGGAAGCCGUAAGUCCUGAUUCUGACAAGAAAUCCUCUAGCACCUCGUCGGACUUACAUCCUACAAUGGAACAUAAUGCACAUGAAGAACUGAACGAGUCUAAAGAACAUAUUGAUGACUUUGAAUCGCCAGCUUUUGAACCACUGGAAACGCGCCCACCCAGUCAAACGAAGCAUGAAAGCAACGACUCGAAUGCUUCGGCCAUCAGCGGCCUAACAUCGCAGGAAUCGGUCGAAAAUGAAUCAAAUGAAGGGCCCACCGGUGCAAGCGGGUCUAUUCCUGUUGAGCAAAAUGAAAUGAAUGGUGUCGAUGAGCAGCCGACACAUACAGAGGAUGCAGUUUGUAUUCCCAUGAAGACAAGUCCGGAAAUAGGCCAGAAUGAUUCCCAGCUGUCGCAGGUGUCUAGCAACAGUCGUCUGUCUAUAAUUACAAGUUCGGAGGGUGUUGCCCAACAACAGCAGCAACAACAACAAGAACAACAAUCAGACAUUCUGACAGAUCCUCGACUGGACAUUACGGAAGAGGCUCAAAUGCCGAACUUCCAUGAGAAUUCAAACGAAGAAGAGGGUGAACUGGUGGAUAGUAUUGAUGACGAUGCCGGUGUGAGUUGUGAAUUAGGACCGCAAAAAUCUAACUUCGAUUUGAGACAAGAAGCAUACGAUUUUAAGGGAACUGAACGCACCAGGUAUGUUGCUGUAGAGAUGGAAGGGUAUGUCAAAGAGAGGUCCCCUGAAAGGCAACAUUCUGGUGUCGAAGAAGGUACUGCUAAAGAAAUGACACUAAAUGAUUCGGAUGAACACCGUCAAUACACGACGUCCCCGGUAGCACCAGCUAGAUAUGAGGAAAAUUCGUCGCACUCGGAGCGAUCAUUAAGAAUUUGUGAAGAUUCUACACUGGAACAAAGAGUUCUGAACGCCAGUGAUCAGUUGGAAAACUGUGAUUCUGCGAAAACGCCUCUAAACGAUGAACAUAGCACCGAGUCGGCUCCGGAUGUUGAUAAAAUGGACGCAUCACAGGUGGAAGUCGUCAGUUUGGCUGCUGUUCAGCAACACAACACUGAUAAGGAAUCGAAAAAAGAUCGACAUCGUGGUCGUGAACGUGAGUGCGAACGUAAGUAUUCCUCAUCGCACCGUCAGCGUUCGUCGUCUUCGAGGGAUGAUAGAAGAUCACACGGUUCUUCAAAGUAUAGCAGCAGUAGCAGUAGCCGUAAAUCGGACCAUCGAGAUCGCAAACACGAAAAUGGAAAUAGCAACUCAAACAAUGGAAGUUCCCGAAGGAGUCAUGAAAAGAGAAAGGAUGAUGAUGACCAUUACAGUGCACACGAAAAAUCUUCGAAACGGCGACGCUCCACCGACAGAGAUUCUAAUGAUGGAGCUGAGAACGGUAAAACUGCAAAGCCUACUGGAGGCUCUACGGUCCGGUCUGGAGAAUCAGUAAAUGAUUCUGUGAAAGAUUCACAAGGUUCUGACAAACGUGCUGGAGGAGGCACACAAGAUAAUCAAGAUAAAUUGAAUGAUUCGUUGGAUUCCAGCUUUGAAGGAUUUGAUGAGGAACAACUGCAUGACGAUCCAAAAAAGAUGGAGAAAAUAACAAAAGCUUUAGCCAAAUCCCCCGACAAAGCAAAAUCUAGAGAAAUCUCCAAAGUGUCGAAAAAAACUAAAAAGCAUAACCAUAAAUCUCCUAAAGAAGCUGAUCGUAAAACAGUCACCAGUAUGGACGUUUUUGCAUUUUCUUUCGAAAAACCUUCCAAAUUGGGAAAGAACGGAGAAAUGUGUCAUGAUGAAGUCCCGCUACCUUGCUCAGAAAUGGAAGAUAAAAGAGAUGAAGCAUUGUCCACUAGUGAGUCAAUCGAUCAACUAGAGGAGGGCGUUAUUGUGCUAGAACCGACUGAGCUGGCUAAGGUCAUUAAAGCCAAUGAACAACAUACACUGGAAGAAGAAACAUCAAGCAUGGACGAUGACAUAUUGACAACGGUUCCUCACAAUUUUCACCAGGCAAAUCCGGAUGAUUUAGUGACUUUAGCUACCCAACCAGUAGUUGUAGACCAGAUGCUAACCAACGGAGAUAACAUGGAUUUGGAAUUAUUGAUUGGCGAAAAACGACUGUGCGGGGAUGAAACUACUCUUGACAAAAUCCAGCAGGGACUGGAUGUUGCAAAGAACAAGGUGAAAAAACCAAAGAUUGCAUCGAACUUCAACGAAGCUCGGAAGCUCAUGAAAGUGCGCAGACAAAUCGAACGAGAUGAAAAGAAAAAGCGAGAGCAAGCAAUGGUUCUGGCAAAAAGGCUGAUAACUGAAAAUGGAAAUGCCAGUGAAGAUGAUCAGGGUAUUGAGCUAGAGUUUGUCUGCGAUGGUAACAGGAUCAGUUCCGGGCCAAUCAUUUCGUCUCCUGUCAGACAGAAAGCAAAACUCAAUUCCAGUUAUGAUGAGGAAGCGGACUUGUUGUACUUGCCAGAAGAUGGUCAGGUUUAUGCCAUCAACGAAAAACUACUGAAUUUUUUGAAGCAGAGAACAAAUAACAUUUUGGUUCCAGACGAUUUCAUACGAUCAAACGAUCAGCUAUAUUCACUAGAUUUAGAAGCAACUCGUCCAAAGGAAACUAGUGCCCGAGACAUAUUUCCCGAGAUUGAAAACGACGAAACAAUGACGGUGGAAGUGUUGGAGCCUUUGAACUGCUCAACGCCAGCGACAUUUAAACUGAGUGGCAAUCCUGACAAUGUCGAUUCUGAAUCCUCAAAGCUGUUGAAAAUGCGUGCCAUAUCAAUUGAUAGUGACCACAGCGUGAAACAUGAUGUAACAACGGGAAUCGAGAAAGGAAAACCAAAUCAAAAAUCCAUCAGAAGAAAGCAUUUGCGAUCACCUGAAGACACUACUUCGGAAUCGAACGUCGAUUUUGAUGAAUGCAUUUCAUCCAAACCGUUGUCUAAAACAGAUGGUCACUCCGCAACUCAGCCAGCCACCGGUGUCGUUGAGCUUGCAAAGGAAAAUGCUAAGACGUCUAUACGUACAUCAAAAACAAAAAGAUUGGGACUGCCCAAACCGAAAGGGCCUAUCUUGCAUAACAACAGUACGGCGAUCCUCACUGUCGAUAUUUCGGAUGUUAAACCGAUUGGCGAGGAGAAGGGGUCCCCAGGCAACAAUAACAAUGGCAUAAUCAAAGCUCAGCGUUAUUCCAGUAAUGAUUUGUACAAACCACGCUCGCUGAGUUCACGAACUCGCACCCGAGCGAGUGAGCAAGUUAAAAUAUAACAGCACCAACCCACAACAAAUGUAAUCAUGCGAUCAUGUUAAUACCAGAUUUGGCUACUUUUAAAUAUAUUUUCCCAUAUGA